GGGGUCCCGCGUGCCGCCGCCCCCGCUGCCAUGUAUCCGCCGGCGGCGCCGGCGCCGCAGCGCGACUUCAUCUCGGUGACGCUGAGCCUGGGGCCCGGCUACGAAGGCAGCAAGCGCUGGCGGCGCCGCUCCUGCUGGCGGAAAUGGAAGCAGCUGUCCCGGCUGCAGCGGAACGUGAUUCUCCUGCUCUCCGUCUUCCUGCUGCUCUGUGGCCUCUUGUCCUACAUCCACAUGGCUGAGCAGUGGAGAGUCCAGAACGGUAGGUCGGUGCACGAGCAGAAGAUGAGAGCAGACGACCCACCUGCCGCACCCAGUCCUCAGAAGGCAGACACUCGCCUGGAACACGAGCCCAGGCUUCGGCCUCAGCACCCGCAGAGGCAGCUCCGCCGGGGGCCCCCCAACCUGCAGAUCAGAGCCCCGGACCGGGACCCGCAGGGCGGCCGGCGGGGCGAGGCCCGGCGCAGGGAGGAAGUGGCGGGCCGCGCGGGCCAGGACGACGGCGAGCGGAGGACCGUGGUCAGCUGGAGGGGAGCCGUGAUUGAGCCAGAGCCGGACACCAGACGGCCCUCGAGCAGAGCAGAGGCCCCCCCAGAGCCGUCCCGGGCGCCCCGGAAGAUCCCGAAGCCAUCAGCCACCCCGAAUGAGCGCCAGCUGGCUGUGGUGGAUGCCUUUCGCCACGCCUGGAGCGGCUACCGCAAGUUCGCCUGGGGCCACGAUGAGCUGAAACCCGUGUCUAGGUCCUUCAGCGAGUGGUUCGGCCUUGGCCUCACGCUGAUUGAUGCUUUGGACACCAUGUGGAUCUUGGGCUUACGAGAAGAAUUUGAAGAAGCCCGGAGCUGGGUGUUCCAGAAGCUGCAGUUCCAGAAGGAUGUGGACGUCAACCUGUUCGAGAGCACCAUCCGCAUCCUGGGCGGGCUGCUGAGCGCCUACCAUCUCUCCGGGGACGCCCUCUUCCUGCAGAAAGCCGAGGACUUCGGGAACCGGCUGCUGCCCGCCUUCCAGACACCCUCCAAGAUCCCAUACUCGGAUGUGAACAUCGGCACGGGUGUGGCCCACCCGCCCCGCUGGACCUCCGACAGUACAGUGGCCGAGGUGACCAGCAUCCAGCUGGAGUUCCGCGAGCUGUCCCGACUCACGGGGCUGAAGAAGUUCCGGGAGGCCGCGGAGGCGGUGACGCAGCACGUGCACGGCCUGCCUGGGAAGAAGGACGGGUUGGUGCCCAUGUUCAUCAACACGCAUAGCGGCCUCUUCACGCACACGGCUGUGUUCACGCUGGGCGCCCGGGCCGACAGCUACUACGAGUACCUGCUCAAGCAGUGGAUCCAGGGCGGGAAGAAGGAAACGCAGUUGCUGGAGGACUACCUGGAGGCCAUCGAGGGCGUCAGGAGGCACCUGCUGCGCAGGUCCGAGCCCAGCAAGCUCACCUUCGUCGGCGAGCUCGCACACGGCCGCUUCAGCAGCAAGAUGGACCACCUGGUGUGCUUCCUGCCAGGGACGCUGGCCCUGGGCGCCCACCACGGGCUGCCGGCCGACCACAUGGAGCUGGCCCGGGCGCUCAUGGACACUUGCUACCAGAUGAACCGCCAGAUGGAGACGGGGUUGAGCCCUGAGAUCGUGCACUUCAGCCUGCACCCCCAGAAAGGCGGGAAGGAUGUGCAGGUCAAGCCGGGCGACAGGCACAACCUGCUGCGGCCGGAGACGGUGGAGAGUCUCUUCUACCUGCACCGCUGCACGGGCGACCCCAAGUACCAGGACUGGGGCUGGGAGAUUCUGCGCAGCUUCAACGCCCACACACGGGUCCCCUCGGGCGGCUUCUCGUCCAUCAGCAACGUGCAGGACCCCCGCAACCCCCAGCCCAGGGACAAGAUGGAGAGCUUCUUCUUGGGGGAGACGCUCAAGUACCUGUACCUGCUUUUCUCUGAUGACCCGGGCCUGCUCAGCCUGGACACCUACGUGUUCAACACCGAGGCUCACCCCCUGCCCAUCUGGACCCCCAGCUAGGGGCACAGUGCCCGUUGGGCACGCCUGGACCCAGCGCACCUGUCCUCAAGCUGCCUGUGCACACUGCCCUGGGCUAGGCCGCCCACCCUUGACUUGGCCAUGGCGUCCACCGCUGGGCUGGAUGUGCUCCAGGCACCUCGCCAUAGGUCGCGGCCCCGCCAGGCUGGGUGGCCGCUGGGCCCCCGGAGCUAUGCUCGGGCUUAGCUCUCCCAUCUGGGCCGUCGUCGGACGUGUCAGGAACCAGCAGUUGUGAGGUUCAGGGGCUCCCACCCCGGGGACCUUCUUCCGUGAAACUCUAGCCACAUUCACAUUCCUGAAGCCCACCAGUGUCCUGUGGUGGGUGCGGGGCUCCGUGGGCUGAGCCGCCGGACAGCCGGGAGGCGGCCUGGCCGCGGGGUCUCAGAGCCUGUGAAGGUGCCAGACCCUCGGGUUUCGGGGGCUGCUGGCUGAUCGUGGUGUUUACACACUGGACUCAGGGAUCCCCUGGCUUUUGGGGGGCUGGGCGGGCACCUUCAUUCUCUUCCCAGAUGUCCGACACAUGUGCUGUCGGGGUAAAGUGGAUUUGCUAAAUGGGUCCUGUGUUGCUGUGUCCCUGCAGAGCCCUGCAGGAGUGAGCAGUGUGGGGUGCGCCUUACUUGAGCUGCAGGGGCCUCACCAAGAUCUGUGGUCCUGCAGGGAGUGGCGGGGCGCCCCGGCCCUUCUCUGGCAGCGGGCUGUGGUCCUGACCGUGGAGUCCACCCCUUCGUAGUGAGAGGACAGCAUGCUGGGCCGCAGCAGGACCUUGCAGCCCUGGGUCUAGCAGGCCUCGGGACAGCCUGGCUCUUCCCUCAGCCAAGUGAAGCCUGUUGCCUGUGCUAGAAGAUUCCCUGGUCUGGAAGCCUGGUCCUGGCCAGUCCUUGGAGACGCCUUUGGGGCCCGCUGCUGGGGGCAGGACUUGGGCUCUGGGACUGGCUGUCCUGUCCGCACCCACCUCCCGCUGAUCCCCGGGCCA